GUCUCUCGGCUGCUGGGGGCAUUCCACAACCCAAAACAGGUGACCAGAGGUUUUGCUGGUGGUGUUCAGACAGUAACUUUAAUUCCAGGAGAUGGUAUCGGCCCAGAAAUUUCCGCCUCCGUGAUGAAGAUUUUUGACGCCGCCAAAGUGCCCAUUCAGUGGGAGGAGCGGAGCGUCACUGCCAUUCAGGGACCCGGCGGGAAGUGGAUGAUCCCCCCGGAAGCCAAGGAGUCCAUGGACAAGAACAAGAUGGGCCUGAAAGGCCCUUUAAAGACCCCGAUAGCAGCCGGGCACCCGUCCAUGAACUUACUGCUGCGUAAAACCUUCGACCUUUACGCAAACGUCCGGCCCUGUGUCUCCAUCGAAGGCUAUAAGACCCCGUACAACGACGUGAACAUCGUCACCAUCCGGGAGAACACGGAAGGCGAGUACAGUGGAAUCGAGCACGUGAUCGUGGACGGGGUCGUGCAGAGCAUCAAGCUCAUCACCGAGCAGGCGAGCAAGCGCAUCGCGGAGUUCGCCUUCGAGUACGCCCGCAACAACCACCGCAGCAACGUCACCGCCGUGCACAAAGCCAACAUCAUGCGCAUGUCAGAUGGGCUCUUUCUGCAGAAAUGCAGGGAAGUUGCCGAGAACUGCAAAGACAUUAAGUUUAACGAGAUGUACCUUGACACGGUGUGUCUGAACAUGGUCCAGGACCCGUCCCAGUUUGACGUUCUUGUUAUGCCCAACUUGUACGGGGACAUCCUGAGCGACCUGUGUGCAGGACUGAUUGGAGGGCUCGGUGUGACACCAAGUGGCAACAUCGGCGCCAACGGGGUCGCGAUCUUCGAGUCGGUCCACGGGACGGCCCCCGACAUCGCGGGCAAGGACAUGGCCAACCCCACGGCCCUGCUGCUCAGCGCGGCCAUGAUGCUGCGCCACAUGGGGAUGUUCGACCACGCCGGGCGCAUCGAGGCCGCCUGCUUCGCGACUAUCAAGGGAGGCAAGAGCUUGACCAAAGACUUGGGAGGUAAUGCCAAGUGCUCCGACUUCACAGAAGAAAUCUGCCAGCGAGUGAAGGACUUAGAGUAAGGCUCCCGCCGACGUGUCCGCACCAGCCACUCCUAACGCCGCCACGUCAGCCGCCUGAGAGCACGCCCGUGUGCGCUGGUCCCCGUCCCCGACCGAGUCCACUCCAAUCGGCCUUUUAACAAACCUGAGCAGAGGACGCAGGCGACGCCCGAGGCCUGCUCCCGAGUGCUCGUCUGGUGGGUCGUGUCUAUUUGGUAUAUAUUUUUUGUAAACCCUAAGCCGACUGUAUCAUUUGCCAUUGUUAACCAUUUACACUUCAGUUAAAACAGUUUUCCUCAGCUGUAAAUAUGACACAAUUAAUAAGAAAACAUCUAACUUUUCAAAGAAAAAGUUUUCCUUAGCUUAUGGAAAAUAUACUAGAAAUAAAACAGAAUACUGACGUAACAGCACAAGAUGACAUUCUCAUGACAUGAACGGGCACGAGAGCAAUUUCCUAGGAAAGUUGGCGUCUAACACGGUGACUGUGGCCUGUUCCUUUAUGACACCGACAGUGAGGACAGUGGUCUUUUCUAUGGAUUACUGAGGGCGAGUAGACCCCCAGCCAAGAAACAGGCGAGAGGUAACUGUCAUUGAACAGACAUAGGUAAUACAUUGGCUACAAAGACAGAUGCUGUUGGCUUGGUGCUGUGUUACCUUGAGGGUCCCUUUCCUGAGCUUCACGAAGGGCAGGGCCGCAGUCCCUUGUCACCUGACACGCGCUGAGCAUCGCGGGGAACAGCUCUGAGCCGACGGCCGCGUCGGACGGGGCAGCUGACCGUGGGCGGCCGCACUCCUGCAGCACCUCACACUCCGCCGGCCCUGCUGGAAGCCUGACCACGCUGUUAACUCUGUGUUCCCACGGCCGCCCUCUCCCUUCCCCAGAGCACGGCCACCAGGCGGCGAGGUGCAGGGCAGCGGGCGGCCGGCGUGGCUCAGCCCGACCCCCUGCACCCGGCACGGUGUCUCUGUAGCCUCAGAUGCCGAGUCGCCAUCUCCAUCAACAGGCAGCCGUGUGCCCCUGCCCCUCGUGGAUCCGCGCAGACCUGUGCUUGGCACGAGGCACCCAGGUCACGGGGGUCCCUAACGACACCCCUGCGGGUGCUUUUCAGGCUGGUCCCCAACUUCCCACCUUCCCUGUAUCUGCUGUGUACGCUGCUGCUCCUGCUUUACUGGCCUGCGAAUGCCGGCUCACACUUAUUAAUAAAGAGUUCAGAGCUGA